GAAAAAAAAUAAAAGAGAUGACUUCAGUGCAUGGAAAAAAUGCAGCGACUCCCAUUAACUGAUUAAUAUAUAGAAAUUUUAGCCAAAAAAAAGAUUAAUAUAUAGAAAUAUGUUUGACUAUAUUGAAACUAAGCUUUUUCUUUGUUCCCCUAUAUAAAGCUAUAUCCACAUUCAGGCAUUUUCAUUCCAAGCUUUCGACUCUCUUCUAUUCAAGCAUUCUAAUUCCCAAGUUUUCCAAGUUUUUUAGAGCUCUUUCUCUCUCAACUAAAAAUGAAGAGCGGUGACUCAACCACCAUUGAUGUUCCAGAGCCAAGCGGUGUGCCCAAAGGAAAAGCACAUGCUGUGGUCACCAGUACCAGUCAACAAAGAGGAGGAUGGAAGAAAGGGGUUGCCAUAACUGACUUCGUUUUAAGGCUCGGUGGCAUUGUAGCUGGUCUGUCUGCUGCAGCCACCAUGGGAACCAGUGACCAAAGUCUUCCUUUCUUCACUCAGUUCUUCCAGUUUGAAGCUAGCUAUGAUGAUAUGCCAACCUUUGAGUUUUUUCUUAUAGCAAUGUCGAUAGUGAGUGGAUACCUAGUCCUCUCCCUUCCCUUCUCCAUAGUAGCCAUUGUUCGUCCCCAUGCAGCUGGUCCCCGGAUCUUCCUCCUCAUCAUGGACAUUGUGGCACUUACUCUGACAACUUCUGCUGCUGCUGCCGCUGCUGCUGUAGUUUACUUAGCUCACAAUGGGAAUUCGAGCUCGAAUUGGUUGGCAAUCUGCAACCAGUUUGGGGAUUUCUGUCAGAAAAUCAGCGGAGCAGUGGUGGCCGCGUUUGUCACUGUUGUUGUCUUUGUCUUCUUGAUUCUCAUAUCAGCUUUGGCUCUUCGAAAACAUUAAGAAGAUGGAGACAGAAUAUUCAAAAAUAAGCUACAUAUAUAGUUUCUGCUGUUCUUAUUUUGGUGUUUCUUCCGUAAUUACUUGAUGUUCCUUUUCUUUCUUUUGUGUGAAGUUGGUGAAGUGCAUGUAAUUUGUACUUUUGUUGCAUGCCAAAAAUAUUGUAACUAAUGGAAUUUAUUAUAAUUUUGUGCUCA